UUGCCGCAUGUUCAGCUUGUUGCGUUUCGUACUCGUUUCAUGAUAUCGACUCAUGUAUUCGCGCUGAUAGUCUAAUCUCCUAAAUAAAAACACGUGGAGUAGUACUUCUAUUUUUAUUUUUUUAAUGAACGCUUAAUCAAAUAAAUAUAUAAGUGACAAGUUAGUGCAGAAUAAAUUGAAUCAAGAUGCAGAAUGAUGAUGUGGUAUGGAGUAUCAUUAACAAAUCAUUUUGUUCUUUCAAAGUCAACACAAAAACGCAAAGGUUUUGUAGAAAUGAAUAUAACCUCACAGGUUUAUGUAGUAGAUCAUCAUGUCCUUUAGCGAAUAGUCAGUAUGCAACGGUUAGAGAGGAAAAUGGUAUAAUUUAUUUAUACAUGAGAACAGCAGAACGAAUUCACUGUCCAAAAAACAGUUGGGAAAAAGUAAAGUUAUCUCGUAACUUUGAAAAAGCUAUACAUCAAAUCAAUGAAAAUCUACUAUAUUGGCCUGGUUUUAUCAAAUCGAAGUGUAAACAAAGGUUUGUUAAAAUUACACAGUAUUUAAUUCGCAUGAGAAAAUUAAGGCUCAGAAGACAAAAGAAAUUGGUUCCAUUGCAAAGAAAGAUUGAGAGGAGAGAAAGACGAAGAGAAGAAAAAGCUCUUGUUGCUGCUAGACUUGAUACAAAUAUAGAAAAGCAGUUAAUGGAAAGACUUAAAAAAGGAGUGUACAAAGAUAUCUAUAAUUUCCCACAACAAGUGUUUGAUAAAGCAGUUGAGGCUGUAGAAGUUGAAGGAGAAAGCGAACUAGAAAGUGAAGAGGAAGAGAAGCAAAAUAUCGAAAAAGAAAUUGAAAAGGAAUUGGAAGCUGAUGAAAAAGCAGAAAAAAAUGCUACAAAGUUUAUUGCAGCUGAUAGUGAUGAAGAUGACGACGACGAUGAAUAUGAAUAUGAAAUGGAAUCUGCGAAUGAAGAAAGUGAUUCUGGUUUGAGAGAGGAAAUUGAUUUAUCUAGUAAUUUCGAAUCUGACGCAAGUGAUGUUGAGGACAUUGUUGCUUCAACAAGUAAGGGAUUAAUCAUGCCGAAAGUAACAAAGAAAGGUAAAAUGGCGUCCUCGAAAAAACGGUCACGAGUGGAAAUCGAGUAUGAAAUGGAAGAAGAACCAAGACAAAGGGCACAUACAUAGAAGUAUUGUUAUUAUACAUAUUGGCUUUUUUAAACAAAUUGUUAAAUAAAUUAUAAUUAAAU